GUCGGCAUUCUAAAACGGGUAUUGGAAGAAGUGGAAAAAGUUAUGCGUGAGUUUAAGAGCAUGCUUUAUAAAUCAAUGGAAGAUCCACAGCUUGAUCUAGCUGAGCUUGAAAAUACAGUGCGGUUAUUGAUAGAGUUAGAACCUGAUUCAGAUCCGGUGUGGCAUUAUCUCAACAUUCAGAAUCAUAGGGUGCGCGGAUUAUUUGAAAAAUGCACCAUUGAUUAUGAAGCUCAGAUGGAACUCUUGCAUAAUGAGAUUCAAGAGAGAGCACAAUCUGAUGCAAGAUGGAGGCAGAUUCAACAGGAAUCAAACAAGUGUUUAGGUGUUGAUUCCUCUGAAUGGGACUCUUUAGCAGUAGACUCGCAACAGCUGUAUAUGACAGGCGAAGAAGUUGAUGCUUUAAGAGGAAGGUAUAUUAGUAGGUUAACUGCUGUACUCAUCCAUCAUAUUCCAGCAUUCUGGAGGCUAGCUUUGUCUGUGUUCAGUGGAAAAUUUGCAAAGGGCACUGCAAGCAGUGUUCAUGUUGAUUCUGACCUAAAUGCCAAACACACGCAAAGGAGUGAAGAUAAAGCCACUGAUGUGAAAUUUUCAAGUCAUUCUCUUGAGGAAGUUACUACUAUGGUUCAUGGUACCAUAAAUGCUUAUGAAGUCAAGGUCCACAAUACGUUUCGUGAAUUCGAAGAAUCAAAUAUUCUUAGACCAUACAUGAGUGAUGCUAUCAAAGAAAUUGCCAAAGCAUGUCAGGCUCUUGAAGGAAAAGAGUUUUCCCCUUCAAUUGCAAUUAAGACUUUGCGAGCCCUUCAUUUCGAAAUUACAAAGGUUCAUGUUUUUAGACUUUGCUCAUGGAUGCGAGUGGCAAGCGAGGAGAUAGCCAAAGAAGAAAUGUGGAUUCCAUUAUCCACUCUGGAGAGGAACAAAUCUCCAUAUGCCAUUUCAUACCUGCCUAUAGCAUUUCGAGAAAUGAUAAGUUCAGCGAUGGAUCGAAUACAAGCCAUGAUUCAUAAUCUAACAACAGAGGUGAACAAGUCGGAUGACAUGUUAGACCAUGUUCAAGAAAUUCAAGAUUCUGUUAGAAUUGGGUUCUUGAACUGCUUCCUGGACUUUGCUGGUUAUCUUGAACGAAUUGGAACUGAAGUAUGUCAAGCAAGUUCAAAUAAAGAAGAUGGUCAUUUACAGAAUGGUUUUUUGUAUGGAUAUGAAGGAGAAUUACAUGGGCUUCAUUCGGGUGUUGCUAUUGCUGAUCCCCACAGAAGGUUGUUAGUAGUUUUAAGUAACAUCGGGUAUUGCAAAGAUGAACUUGCUCGUGGGUUGUAUACAAAAUACAUGCACAUAUGGAUGACAUACAGGGAAAGGAAUGAACAAAAUACUGAUGUUCGUGAUCUAGUUUCGUCAUUUUCUGCACUUGAGGAGAAAGUUCUUGAGAAUUACACAUAUGCAAAGUCAAACUUGAUAAGGACUGCUGCUUUGAACUAUCUACUAGAUUCUGGUAUUCAAUGGGGAUCUGCACCUUCAGUUAAGGGAAUUCGGGAUGCUACCAUUGAAUUAAUACAGAGUUUAGUUGCUGUGCAUGCAGAGGUCUUUUCCGGUGCCAAACCAUUGCUUGAAAAAACGAUGGGUAUUUUGGUGGAAGGCUUGAUUGACACAUUUCUUAGCCUUUUCCAUGAAAACAAGGCCAAGCACAAGGCCAAGCACCUGAAGUCUUUUGACAUGAAUGGUUUCUGCCAACUCAUGCUUGAGCUCGAGUAUAUUGAAACUGUUCUUCACUCGUAUUUCUCCCCUGCGGCGCUCGAAUCCUUAAAAGCUUUGCAAGGACUCUUAUUGGAGAAAACCUGCGAGACGGCAUCUGAAUCUGUCGAAAAUCCAGGCCAUCACCGCCGUUCCACCAAAGGUAGUGAAGAUGCAAUUUCAGAUGACAGGCAACAGGGGUCCAGUAUUUCCCCUGAUGAUUUGAUCGCUUUGGCACAACAAUAUAGCACCGAAUUGCUUGAAGGUGAACUGGAGAGGACCCGUCUCAACAUAUCAUGCUUCAUGGAGGCUUCCCUCCAACCAAAUUCUGUUCCGGCAGCUCAAAAGCCUUCUUACUCUUCCUUUCAAAAGUCGGUUUCUUCCCCACAUUACAGGCGACAACAGACUGUUAACUCUCCUAGUUUCUCCAGGCACAGACGAAGAUAACCGAGAACAAGUAAGAAAAAAAAUCAGCCGACCAUUGUUAUUUGCUACUAGCUAUUUAUUUGUUUUGUUUGCAAUCCUGUAUCUUUUGUGCAAUAUCUUUUUGAUGUUUGUAAGUUGUAAUAUUUGGCAUGACCAAGUAUUAUAUUUUUUUGGAUCUUAAUAAUGCGUUUAAUUGAUGCUCAUAAUGAUUUUUAGUUUUUAAUUGCUAA